AUGGCGUCCCACGGCCAUGCCCAAGGUUCGGGUGCCGCCCCCGCGGAUGUCAACCAUCGUAGCGUGAGCCCGUCACCCCACGCUCAGCAGUAUCAAGAUCCCACGGGCCUGAACCUGGAUCCCUCCAUGUCCGUAUUUCCCUCCUUCGACAAUAAUAAUCCAGACGCCGGUAUCAAUGGACCCGACUCUUAUAGCUACUCUGCGCCCUACCUCUCCGCAGCCCCGCAGACGCAGGGUCUCGCUCCGCCAUCCGAACCCUUUCCCCCGGCAAUCAGCAACAACAUGCCCAUGUCGCAGUCAUUCGAGGCGAGCCUGGUCAAUCAACUCGAUCAUGGAAACCAGGUCCUCAGAACCCAUCAGCUAGAUGAGAAUUACAUGCUCGGCACAAAUGCAGGGGACCUGGAUUUCUCCGUCUACCAAAACCACAGUUCCAAUGGCGCGUCUGCCUCGGAGUACGACUCAUCGCUACUGCUGGAUCCGCAAAUGCACCAGCACCCGCAACCCAUGCAUCAAGCAGUCAACCCGGCCGAUCUCGUUAGCCCCGUCUCCAACCCCUCUGCAUCCUCCCACCCCUCGUCGCAAGAGCAGCAGCAGUCGCCUGGCCCUAUGUCUCCCCCCGGCUCUAAUCCGGGCACAUACUACACGCCCCAGCAUUCGCGACAUACCUCGCUCGAUCCGGCCACAGCAGCUUACCUGAGCGCGCAACCCCAUCAGGACUGGCAAUCCGUCAUGAACAGCUCGACCGCGUUCCAAGGCCACCGCAGGGCACCCUCGGAGGUGUCUGAAGUUUCCUCGGCCAACCACUCCCCCUACCUGUCCCAGCACGAGUAUGACGGUAUCGAGAACAAUCCGUCGCCUUCUCUGGUGCCGCAAAACGACCCCGCUCUAUAUGACAAUGCCCUUGGUAUUGAGUCAUUCACGCUGUCGGAACAGCAGCAAAAGCAGCAGGGAUUUAGCCCGCUCCACAGUCCUUAUAUUUCGCCGCGACUGAUACCCCAGCAGGUUGAUGAGAUACCACCGAAUGCUUAUCUUUCGCCCAACAUGACUUCUCAAUUCCCAUCUGCGCCGACAGACAUGUAUGGUAUGCCACAGGACGACCUGAUGAACGCUAUGAACAGUGGCGCCGAUAUUGGACAAGCGUCUCAGAUGGCACCCCCGUCCAUUAAUGUGGAGUUUGCGCCGCCUUCGCGCAUUCCCAGCUUCGGGCCUGGUAAACCGGCCGCAGAUCUGGACUCGUUGAGUCCUCCAGCAAUGAGAUCCCGUGUGCGUAGUAAAUCGGAUCCCUAUGCACACCCUGCUUCUCGCUCAAGGUCCCCUGCAACUUCGGUGACAAGCCUUGAGGCUCUCGCACCGAACACACCGCGCUCAUUAUCACCCCACUCGCGCAGCAAUCCCGGUUCUCGUGACGCAUCACCGUCACGUUCUAACCGACGCCUUUCAACAUCAUCGAUUGAGAGCCGAAAUUAUAUCCUGGAUCUCGCCGAUCCUCAGCGCCCCGGCGCACUGCCUGGAGACUCCAAGCGCGUUCAGAAACACCCGGCCACUUUCCAGUGCACACUGUGUCCCAAGCGGUUUACCCGCGCAUACAACCUGCGGUCCCACCUGCGAACCCAUACAGACGAGCGACCAUUCGUAUGCACAGUAUGCGGCAAAGCCUUCGCCAGACAACACGACCGAAAACGCCACGAAGGACUGCACUCCGGCGAAAAGAAAUUCGUUUGUCGCGGCGACCUAGGUCGAGGCGGGAACUGGGGCUGCGGGCGCCGGUUUGCGCGUGCGGAUGCACUCGGCCGGCAUUUCCGAUCAGAAGCCGGCCGAGUGUGCAUCAAGCCGCUGCUCGAUGAAGAGUCUCAAGAAAGAGAACGUGUUCUUCUCGAACAGCAACAACAGCAACAACCUUCUGGCCAUUUACAACCCGUCCCGCAGCCACUCGUCAUGCCAAGUGGCCCCGGCAUGGAUAGCCAGUCGUCUGGUAACUUUGUCCUACCAGCUGCUGUACUCGCACAAUAUCCGGCCCUGCAGGCACUACAGUGGGAUCAGAUUCCUGCUGGUGGUGAUGAUCCUAGUGAUAUUGGGGGUCGCAGUAGCUUUGACGCGAGUUCAGGUGGUGAGUUCGGAUUCGAUGAUGACGACGGUAUCAGCAAUGUCUCCGGGAUGAGUGGUGGCUACGGCAAUAAUCAGCAAGCCAUGUAUGGCAAUCCCGGACAGUGGAAUUGA